CGAUUGAGCAUUCAACACCCCUUCUAUACCUUACGGUCAACCGUGUGACACUUCUCCUUGAUCUGAAGAUGUCAAAAUCCAAAGCUAACCUCAAAGGCAAGUUCCAAACCCGUACCACCCACACAACCUUCGGCGCAAACUCCUCCCACCACCCCCCCUCCCUCCGCUACACCUGCAUCCACUGCCGCCUCUCCAAACCCACCUCCCAAUUCUCCCUCACCCAACUCCAAAAACACGAAAACUCGGGCCAAGGGAUGCAUUGUAAGGGAUGUACACCGAAACAGGUUACGAGUUUAAGUUGUGUGGUGUGUGGGCGACGAAUGGGGUUGGAGAGGUUUGCGAAGAGUCAGAGGAAGAAUGUGGGGGGGAUGGAGUGUCGGUGUUUGGAGUGUGUUGCUAAGCAUCAUGAGGAUCCUGAGGAUUUGUUUGAUGACUCUGACGAUGGCGCUGGCGCUGGCUGUGGGUAUAGCGACGGGGAGGAGGUGUUUGAAGACGAACCCUGGAUGACAGCAGCUCGAGCCGGAUCCCCCCGCACCACCACCACUACCGCCCCCGCUGAUGACUCCGAAGACGAUACAGCCUCUGCUUUUCCUUCUGUAUCAGGAAGCCGCUCAGCCUCCUUCUCCCGCCAAGCCCACUCAACCUCCCGUGCCUCCUCUACUGCCCCUGCGAAUGGGCCGCAGAUGGCGGAAUGGGCAACCGUCGUCACGCGUAAACUCAAAAAGGGCGAAUCCGAAGGCGGAUACGUUUCCGGCGGUAGUGGAGCUGGGAGUGGUAAGGGUGGAAGCGCUGGGGGGGAGAAUAGUGGGUGGAAAGAUCCGAGGUUGACGACGUAUGAUGGGGAGAAGUAUAAUGUGUAUGGGGAGAAGAGGAAGGGGAAGAAGUGGGGGGCGAAGGGGUUCUGAGUGAAUGUGGGGAGAUAAUGAGUGUUGUUCGGCGUUGGUGAAUGUUGUUGUUUUUUUUGGGUGGAGCGAGCGUUAUUAUAUUAUUGGUGAGGCGUGUAUGAUCAUGAGGGAGCUUUUGUGUACCGUGUCGGAAUUCGGGUGUAGGAAGGAGUAUUGCUGAUUUGUUUGCGCGUGG